UUUUAAGGCAAACAUAAAUUUGAAAACAAAAAAGUCACUUCCUCCCCGCCACCCUCUCUCCCUCUCCGGCACGGCGGCUCCACCCAUGACUCGGGAAAUCCAGGAGGCAGAUUCUCAUCUCCGUAAGGAAGAUUAACGAACAACAUUGAUCUCAUAACCCUAGUUUCCAAAAAAAAACCAAAUCGCCAAAAACCUCUAAACCCCAUGAAAUGAGCUCCACCUCCAUCCAAACACUGCUAAAAACCCGCUUCAAGAACCCCAGCACCAUCAAAUGUCAAUCCCAUGCCAAACAGCUCCACGCCCAGAUCCUCAAAUCCAACUGCGGCCCUUCGGCUCCCGACCUCUCCUUUGUCCUCUCUGUUUACUCCACCCUGAACCUCCUACACGACACCCUCACCGUCUUCAACUCCCUCCCUUCUCCUCCCCCCACUCUCGCUUGGAAGUCGGUUAUCCGAUGCUACGCCUCCCACGGCCUCUACCACCGUUCCUUGGCCUCCUUUGUGGAAAUGAUGGGUUUUGGGAUAUACCCAGACCACAAUGUGUUCCCUUCUGUGCUCAAAUCAUGCGCAUUGCUUGGGGACUUGAGGUUGGGCGAGUCCGUCCACGGGUGUGCUGUACGGUUCGGUAUAGAUUGUGAUUUGUAUACUUGUAAUGCACUUAUGAAUAUGUACGCAAAGUUAGAGACUUUGGAGGGGAUUGGUGGGCAGAGGUUUGGUGCGCCCAAGUUGUUUGAUAGAAUGCCUCAACGAAAUCAAGUUUGUAGAAUUGGGUCUUUGGAGGUAGAAGGUGAGGCUUUGUGUAGUAGUCAAUCAAAUAAACUGGUUAAUGACUUGCAGAUGCAGGGUAAUGGUAUUGAUAGGAUUGUUGGUUUGACUGCAUCUGUAGAUGUAGACCCUCCACUUCGUGCAUACCGGCAAUUCAAUGAUCAGUGUCAUAAAGCUUUUGAGCAAGAGGAAGGGAAAAGAGUUGCCAGAGUGGAUAGUGUGAGAAAGGUCUUUAACUUGAUGCAAAAAAGAGAUAUUGUUUCCUGGAAUACAGUCAUUGCUGGGAAUGCACAGAAUGGGAUGUUUCAAGAAGCUUUGGCAAUGGUCAGACAUAUGGGGAAUGCUGACUUGCAGCCUGAUGCUUUUACUUUGUCUAGUGUCCUUCCAGUUUUUGCAGAAUAUGUAGAUGUUAUCAAGGGAAAGGAGAUUCAUGGGUAUGCUAUAAGACGUGGGCUUGAUGCAGAUGUAUUCAUUGGGAGUAGCUUAAUUGACAUGUAUGCCAAUUGCACUCGAGUGCAAGAUUCCCUGUGGGUGUUCAACCUGCUACCUAAGCGUGAUGCCAUUUCAUGGAACUCGAUCAUUGCAGGAUGUGUGCAGAACGGUAUGUUUGAUGAAGGACUGACAUUCUUUCGCCAGAUGUUGAUGAAUAAAGUUAAGCCUGUGCAUGUAUCCUUUUCAAGUAUUAUUCCAGCUUGCGCUCACCUGACAACUCUACAUUUGGGAAAGCAGCUCCAUGGAUACAUAACUAGGGGUGGAUUCAAGGAUAAUGUGUAUGUAGCGAGCUCACUGGUGGACAUGUACGCCAAAUGCGGUAACAUUAGGAUGGCAAGGUGGAUUUUUCACAAAAUGGAGAGACAUGACAUGGUGUCAUGGACAGCCAUGAUUAUGGGAUAUGCUUUGCAUGGUCAUGCACAUGAUGCCAUUUCCUCUUUUGAGCAGAUGAAAGAAGAGGCUGUAAAGCCCAACUAUGUUUCUUUCAUGGCUGUAUUGACCGCAUGUAGCCAUGCUGGAUUGGUAGACAAAGCUUGGAAGUAUUUUAAUAGUAUGACUGGGGAAUAUGGGAUUGCUCCCGGUAUAGAGCACUAUGCUGCUGUUGCAGACGUUCUUGGUCGAGCUGGAAGGUUGGAGGAAGCUUAUCAGUUUAUCUCCACCAUGCAUAUAUUACCAACGGGAAGUGUAUGGUCAACAUUGUUGGCUGCUUGUAGAGUUCACAAGAAUGUUGAAUUAGCUGAGAAGGUUGCUGAGAAAAUAUUUACAGUUGAUCCUGGGAACAUGGGUGCUUAUGUUCUAUUGUCAAACACAUCUGCUGCUAAGAGGUGGAAAGAUGCAGCAAAAUUGAGGAUCACUAUGAGGGAUAAGGGAUUGAAAAAGAAGCCAGCCUGCAGCUGGAUUGAAGUUAAAAGCAAGGUUCAUGCUUUUGUGGCGGGAGAUAAAUCCCACCCACAUUAUGAUCGAAUAAUUGAGGCUCUAGGAGUCAUUUUGGAGCAGAUGGAACGAGAAGGGUAUGCGCCCAACACAAAUGAGGUGCUCCAUGAUGUUGAAGAGGAGCAAAAGAAGUACUUAUUGUGUCACCACAGUGAAAGGCUUGCCAUAGGAUUUGGCAUCAUUAGCACUCCUGCUGGGACAACAAUUCGAGUAACAAAGAACAUUAGGUUAUGUGUGGACUGCCACAUAGCAAUAAAAUUUAUGUCAAAGAUCGUUGGGAGGGAGUUCAUUGUCAGAGAUAACAGCCGGUUUCACCAUUUCAAGGGUGGAGAGUGUUCCUGUGGAGAUUACUGGUAAGGAAUCUCUUUCCAGACACAGUCAUUGGCACAUUUUUAGGUAAAGAGGAGGAAAGAGGGGUAAAAAACACCAACACAGAAGAAGUGUCUUCAAAUGCCACCAAGCAGAAGGUUGCAGCUGCAAAUCAAUAUACAGACGAUCAUUACAAGAAAAAAAUAAGAAGUUUACAGGAGCAGUAUGAGUUUCCUUCAUCUCUCUUUACAGUGGUGGUGUUAGACAAAGUAAACUGCCAAUGAUCUUUGGAGAGGUUAGAGUCUACAGGGAGAAAGAAAGCAACUGAUCAUGUACCUGCAGUUACGAAGCUUAAGAAAUCAGAGAUGCUUGGGGAAGGCCAGGUAUACAUUCAUCCAUUCGAACAUGUUCCUCAAUCAAAUUGAAUUUUUCUUCACUGGCCUUAGUGUAUCGUUUUAUAUAGUUUGUGCAUGUGAAAGCAGAGAGAAGUCUACUUGUAGAGGUUGGCGGUAAUUCUAUCCUCAAGCUCUGUUGCUGCUUCCAGGAUAAAUAGUCGUCUUAUUUGUUUUUUAGGAUUUUAAAAGGCAAUACCGGCCCUGACUCAUUGGUUGGAAUGGGGCCGGACCAAAAUUCAAACGAUGAGGCGGGCUUGGUAGUAAAGUAAAAAUAUUUGUUUCUGUUUUUCAUUCUGUAUACUGUAUGCAUUCAUUAAUUAAAUUUAUUGGAGUAG